AUGCACGAGCCCAGCGGCUCCACGGCCGACCUCUUCUCUCGUGUGCUCCAGGACGCUGAGCAAAAGGCACUGCCAGAAUCACUACCAUCGACACCUGGUGCUAGCAACGAGAGCUCUGGCAUCGGCGGCUUUCUCGUGUGUCUCGACGUUCCAGAAGCCACGGAAUUUGGCGUCGACUAUGAAGUCUUUCGCACUGGAGCACAGUUCCAAGGCGUCAAGUUUCUGCCGUUAGGAAUCCACUUUGUGCUCUUUCGAUCUCGCGAGCACGAGCACGGGAUCCGACAGGGCUUUUUCAUCAAUGUCGAGCGACACGCACACGUUCUUGUGCGCGAGUGGAGUCCCGAGAAGGAGGAGCUGGGGCCCCCACGACCAGGCGUUAGCAUCGAAAACAUUGAGCGUGCUGUGCUGGCAUUUCAGCUUGACAGCGGAUUGGGACCGUACCCGAAACAGCACCUGAAGACAUGGCGCCGUCUCUCUAACUUUAUUUCUUCUUCGGUCCUCAAGCACUGCGGUGUCAGUUUUGGUGCCAUUCUUCUUCCUGGUGACGCGGUUGAAGACGCUGCAUCCACGUCUACAUCUCAGGAGAACGUGGUCCCUUAUUUUCCAGAUCUACCACGGACAGUGCGCUUUACGCUGCUGCAAAAGACCAGGACGGAUCUCGUGGCUGCAGCGAGGACAGCGUAUCACUUGGAUCGAAGUGAGAGACUCGAAGAGCUGCUCGAGCAGCAAUUUCGCGGGGACUGGAAAUGUCUCCUCGGCGAGUUGCAGCUGUCGUUUCUGCUUUUUCUGCAGCUGUCGUCUCUUGCCGCGUUCGAGCAGUGGAAACAGUUUGUGGCGCUCUUGUCGUCGUGCGAGCGAGCGCUUUCGGCUCAUCUGCCGCUCUUUGUCGCCUUUGUCCGACUUUUUCGAACGCAAUUGAAACAGAUUCCACAAGACUUUUUCCACGAUGACACGACCCGGAAGAACUUUCUCAGUCCGUGUCUCUUGUCUCUACUCGAGUUAACUGACGACGACGAGGCCCCAGUGCAGCUCCGACAGCAGGCUCGUCAGCUGCGGCAGCUGCUAGCGCAGCGCUUUCACUGGGAGUUCAGUGCGGAAUCAGAGAUGGACGAGUGUGCGCCAGUUAUCGUGACCGACAAAGAGCUCGCCCGAGCUGCAGGUGUUCGUCCAGACGCUCGUACGGACGAGGUGUCGUCGUCCAUGCAAGCACCAGCAUCUGCCAUCACGACGCAGGAGUGCCGCCGCGUCCAGCAAGUAGCAGAAGAGCGCGCGAACGCGGCAAUUGCCGCUGCCUUUUUGCGAGGAGGCUACGGCCUUCACGGCGGCUUACCCCACCCGCGCGGCAACACACAGCAUUUCGAAUACAGAGCCAAGAGCGCGCACCAGCACGACGCACGUCCACACGCCCAAAUGACAUCCCCAGGACCCGAUGGCAUGGACGCCAACGCGCCAGCGUUUAAGCUCGGCGGGGGCAGCUACAACCUCCAGCCCACGGCCCAAGCGUUCAACGGCUCGAUGAACUACGGACCGGCUCUCCCCAUGCACACUCAGCCAGGCAUGUCGCAACAAAUGCGUGGUCCGCCGGGCAACCAGCACCAGCACCACCAGCACCACCAGCACCAACAACAUCAUCACCAGCACCACCAGCAGCACCACCAGCAGCAGUAUCCACACCAGCAUCUGCGGAUGCGUGGGCUUCCACGAGGCGCGGUGAUGCAUCAGCCUUAUAUGCCUGGAGGCGGCAUGAACGCUGGAGCUCAAAGCUAUUACCAGCACCAGCUGCAAAUGCAAUCAGUCUACAUGAGUCCAGGCCAACCUCAUUAUCCGGGAGCUCAUCCCAUGUAUGCCUCUAUGCCACCAAUGCAAGAUAUGGCAAUGGGUAUGGGGGGUAUGCCUAUGCCUGUGCCAAGUGUUCAGCCACCGCCGAAGCGGAAGUCCAAGAUACUGGAAAUUAUUGACCCUCAAACGGGUCGAGCCAUUACUAUUGGCAACGUGUCGACCGCAAAACAGUCCAGUAGCACGAGCUCAGCAACCGCAGCGGAAGAUACCCAGAAGAACGCUGGAGAGCAGAAGAAACCACAGGAGAAGCAACCGACGCCUGCUGAGAUACCUGCUGAGAAACCUGCUGCUCCUUCACCUACUCCGAUUACCUCAGUGACGGAUGUGGAGCAGAGUGAAACAUCAGCUUCUGUUGCAAAGGCGCCGCAAGCAUCUCCAGACAGGAGAACUGCGAGUAGAGACUCAGAACCAGCAGCGUGUUCUGCCAAGGAGCCAAAGUCGACUCGAGCGACAAACGGUGCGAAGGACACGACAGAGUCAGUUGACGAGGCUGCUGCAGAAACACCUGGAUCCAAGACGAGCGAAAGCGCGUCUUCCGCUACACGGAAAACGACUACAACCGUUACUUCUAUCAGUGUUGAAGUCUCGUCGCCGAAACAGAAGACACAAACAACCAAGGAGCCAGCCGAGGAAGCGAUUGCCGCUAAGCGGCCCGAGCCUGUAUCUUUGGACAAGACACGCUCUGAUCAGAACGUUACGACGCCAACGCUGCAGCAGAAGACUUUGCCGGUGAAGGAGGAUGACGAGGUGCAGACUGAUGUCCGACAAAAGGCGCCAGCCAGCGCACCUGUACAAGCAACGACAGUGAACGUGGGUGCACAAGAGAAGUCGGGCGGCAAAUCGGCAUAUACGCUGGAGCUUAUGACAAGUUUCCGCGAGCAAUACAAGGACCUUCCAGCUACCACAACAGGUUCUACCUGGCCGUCGAUGGAAAUUACUAGCGAAGCUGCUGUGUCACGUGGCGGUUCCCGCGGAGGACGUGGUGGAGGUGGAGCGGGUUGGGAACGUGGUGACAAGCUGGCUGGUGGGACUGGUCGACAAGGAUCAUCACGUGGCGGCUCGGGCGGCGGCCAGUGGGCCCGGUCGCAAGACCUGCCUAAGCGAAGUGGUCGCGCCGAGCAUGGCGGCCGUGGGGAUCGUGGGGACCGUGGCAGCACCCCUGACUUGUCUCUUCUCGAUGGACCUGUGAAGCCGUUGACGCGGUCAGCGAAUCGAUGGAUUCCGACGAAGAACACUUCGACUCUAGAAGUGACGAAGAAGAAUGUGAACGGCAUUAUGAACAAGAUGACUCGCGAAAAGUUUGAGCGCCUGGCGGGACAACUAACUAGCAUCAACAUGGAAAGUCUGGAGAUGCUGCAAGCUGUCAUUAAGAUCAUUUUCGACAAGGCGGUCGGCGAGCCACACUUUUGUGACAUGUACGCAGAUUUAUGCGUGCAUCUUGAGACGAAUUGGAAGGUCUGGUCGUUCUUGAAGAUCGUCCAGAAUGACGACGACAAAACGUUCUACUGGACGGCUAUGUCGGAUUCUGACUCGGAAGUCGUUGGGCCGUUCGACACAGUCAGCGGUGCGCUGGAGUCGGCGAGCAGUGACGAGUUCGAGCCUGUUCCCAUUCCUCCCAACAUGAAGCUAAGUGAAGUCCGCGUCCGCCGCCAUAAAUUUAUCAAGGUGUGGGUGCAAGAAGACCCGACCAAGCCUCAGUAUUACUGGUCGGGCCAAGAUUUGGAUGACUUGGGAGAUGACCAGGUGUUGAACGGUCCUUACGAAAGCCACGAGCACGCAAGUCGCGUUGCUUUGAAGUCAUGUUCAUUCAGGCGUAUUUUGCUGAAUGCCUGUCAAGAAGAGUUCGAGAAAGACAACAUAUACGAAGAACUGGAGCAGAAGUUUAGACGGGACAAGGAGGAGGGCAAGAUCACGCCACAAAUGGCGACUGAUUACGAGGAAAAACGGCUGAUAAUGAAGUUGCGCAUGCUUGGUAAUAUUCGCUUCAUCGGUGAGCUAUACCGAAAAGGGAUGCUACAGGAGCGCAUCAUGCACGAAUGCAUCAUGAAGUUGAUGGACGUUCGUUUAAAUAGUGACAGUACGCUGAUAUGUGUACACCCAAACGAUCCUCCAGAUGAGGAGAGCAUUGAGUCACUGGCCAAAUUGCUGACCACGAUGGGGAAAGACUUGGACAAGCAUGGUGCGCAAGGCUGCAUGCCGUCGUACUUCCGCUACUUAGAAAGCAAGCUGGUAAAGGACAAACGUCUAUCGUCUCGUAUCACCUUUAUGAUCAAAGAUGUCAUUGAAUUGCGCCAGCAUAAAUGGGAACCGCGGCGAAAGGAGCUGAAGCAAAAGACGCUGACAGAAAUUCGGAAGGAGGCGGAACGUGAGGCUCGUGCGCCCCCGAGCAGUGCACCAAGUGGAGGUGGUCGUGGCCGAGGAGAUCGCGACCAGUUUCGCUCGGACCGUCGAUCCAAUGCGCCUCGCGACGCAUACAACAAUGGUCGGUCUACGAUGGCACCCGUGUAUCAGCAUUCUCAAUCAAUGAACAGCCGUGGCAGCAACAACCAGCAAGUGACGUUCAUACGUGGCAUCGGAGCUCGUGACGACUCCGUGCAGACUGGGCCUUCCGGAAGACCCGCUCAUUUCGGAAUGAGUGCUCGACAGGGUGGACGCGGCAACAGUGCGUCUCCCGCAAGCUUUUCUGGUAGUCGCCGUGGACCAGCAGCAGUUACUGCAAAGAAGCCACAAUCGCCUACUCACACGAAGGUGAUCGCCCCGCUCAGCGAUGAAAUUCGAGAGAGCAUUGGCAAGAAGGCAAAGUCGACUGCAGAGGAGUAUGCCUCGAUUGUCGACUUGAAAGAGGCUGACAUUUGUUUGGUCGAGAGUCAGAAGGAACACAUGAACCACGAAGACGUUAAUUGUGUGUUCGCUUUUGAGAUUCUGAAGGGGGCGAUCGACGCAAAGGCAGAAGUGCGUGCAAAGAUGGUGGAGCUGCUCGAAAAGUUGAGCUUGGAAACGAAAAGUCUCACGUUUGUUGGCAUUCGCUACGCUAUCGAGAGAAUGAUUGAGCUAUGCGGUGAUCUUUGGUGCGAUGUGCCGAAGCUGCACGAACAAAUGGCUGAUUUUGUGAUGCGUUUUAUGAAGAACCCGUCGCUUACUGGCGUCUCAUUGGACUGGGUUCUGGGCAAGUGUCUUCAGUCAGUGGAUAAAGCUGCAUUGAACGAACUGAUCGACGGAGGCUUCUUGGCUGCUCUACUGGGUGAAACAUUGAAGCUGUUGACGACGACUGGUGUUGAGAAGGCGACAAAGGAGAUUCGUGCGACGAAUAUAACGGUACUGAGUGUAUUUCCGUCCUACAAACAGUCUGCCACCGAUAUGCAGGAGUGGAUCAAGAAGUACGAUCUUGAGGCCGUCUUUUCGUUGGAGCCUGCUUUCGGUCUCGUGAACCACAUGAACAACGCCUCGUCAUACGAAGAAAUUGUUGCAUUCAUUGAGAACAACAUUCCUGACGCACUGCUCAACGACUCGUUUUUCGCGACAUACACGUGUCUGUUCAUUUUGAACUUGUCAAAGGAGGGUGAGCAGCUAUCGGCUGAGAGAUGCAUGCUUCUGACGGGCUUCUGCGGUACCUCUGACACCCAAGUUCGCCUAGUGUCGGCCAUUUUCCAGACGCGAAACGACAACGAUCUGGUAAAGAAGCUGCUCAAGCACUUGGUGAAGGAAGGCGCAGUGGCCCCGCUUGCAUUCAGCAAGUGGCUCGAGCUGCCAAACGACGAUAGUGUGAGUAGGAAGCGCGUGCAGGAGGAGCUGGGCCAAUUUGUAGAGGAGUUGGCUCGGACCAAGUGA